CCGCGAGCCAGGCUGCUGUUGAGUUCUCGGACCCAGACUCGGGAGUGGAGAACUCACCCCGAAGAUUGUCGAGAAAGUGACUACCGUAAUGUCCUCGUUGCAUCUGUCCGGAUGGUGUUCGUGCGGGGGUUGUAACACGUGGACGCACAUUUUGUUUCGAGCUGGAGUCUCACGUAGCCAGGCCAGCCACGAACGAUAGUAUCCGUAUCACGGACUGUGCAUUGUGAGCGGGGAAAACGAGAAUGGUGGAUAGGUGGUCGAGAAUGGGGAGGCUGGGGGCGACGAUGGCGGAGCGAGGAUUAGUGGGGAAGUCGCUGAUCCCCCACGCGAGUCGCGUCGUCGAGAUCCUGCCGCGUGGCAUUGUUGGCGCUGAACCUGAAAGUUCGAACUUACCUCUGAUGGGGCCACGUGUGAUUGAUGGGCGACGUUGUAUGAGUACUCGCUCGGACAAGUUCCACAGAAGUGACUCGACAAUCAGGAGGUAUAAUGAUCGACCUCCUACCAACUUUGGCAUUCGGAUUGUUCCUGAGAAGAGUGCAUUUGUGGUCGAGAGACUGGGAAAGUACACGAAAGUUUUGGAGGCAGGAAUCCAUUUGUUAAUCCCACUUGUUGACCGCAUUGCAUACGUCCACUCCCUCAAGGAGGAGGCGAUUCCCAUUCCCAAUCAAUCGGCCAUCACCAAGGAUAAUGUCAGCAUUACAAUUGAUGGUGUCUUAUAUAUCAAGGUGGUGGAUCCUGUGAAGGCAUCAUAUGGCGUGGAGUAUCCAGAGUAUGCUGUCAUCCAGCUCGCUCAGACGACUAUGCGUAGCGAACUUGGCAAGAUCACACUGGACAAGACUUUUGAAGAAAGGGACACGCUGAACGAGAAUAUUGUGAGAGCAAUUAAUGAGGCAUCGGCAUCAUGGGGUCUUCAGUGCAUGCGCUAUGAAAUCAAGGAUAUCUCACCACCACCUGGAAUCUCGCCAGAUCGACGGCCCAAAUAGGCCGCCAGUUCUUCAAUAAUCUGGCGGGCCUACCGGACCCGGUUGAUUUUUUUUUGGGGCCGAGAGGCUUCCACGAC